AUGGCUACGGUUAACUUGGAAUCCAUUUUACCAUGGCCGGAAUACUUUAGACAGGUCUUGAACAGCACGAAAAAACCAUCAUUUUUGAAACCCAUUGAUGGUCCAAAACCAGAGUUUAAUAAAGAGUUAAAUGAAAAAGUAUCUUUGUAUCAAGGCGACCUUACAAAACUAGCAAUAGAUGUUAUUGUUAAUGCAGCCAACUCUAAGUUAUCCGGAGGAGGAGGAGUUGAUGGCGCUAUUCAUAAAGCUGCUGGCCGAGAACUUCAGGCAGAAUGUGCUGCGUUAAACGGUUGUAAAACCGGUUGUGCCAAAAUCACCAAAGGGUAUAAACUCCCUGCCAAGUAUAUUAUACACACGGUCGGACCAAAAGGAGAAAAUUCCGAAGAACUGCAAUCAGCUUAUCAAAACAGUUUAGAUUUGGCUGUUGAAAAGAAGUUAAGAACAAUUGCAUUCCCGUGUAUUUCUACUGGCAUAUAUGGGUAUCCGCAAGAAGAAGCAUCCAUUGUUGCCUUGAAAGCCAUAAGAGACUUUUUAGAGCAUGAUCAUAACUUGAUUGAACGCAUAAUAUUCUGCGUAUUUCUCGAUACUGACAAAGAAUAUUAUGAGAAAUAUCUACCAUUAUUUUUCCCUCUCGAGUAA